CUGGAGUUCGGUGUUCUCGAGAAACCCCUCAGUUUUCAGACAUCAAAGGUUAGCAAAAAUUGCUAGAUAAAGGCCCAGAGAGUUUGUAAAUAGCCUUAAGAGAUUUUUGGAUAAAUUAUGAAUGAACAAGAAGACCAAGACAGUAAUGAAGAAAGUGAGGUAUACCUCAGUGUGCUGUGCAAUCAUGGCCAACUUGGAGUCGCCUACUAUAGUAUGGUUGACUGUGCGGUGCACUUCAUGCCUGACUCCCAGGAUAACAAUAGCCUUAGAUUAUUGAACAAAGUAAUUGAAGAUGUGCACCCCAAAUGCCUUAUUACUAGUGCUAAACAGGAACAUAAUUUUGCAGAGCUCCUAAAGAAGCUAAAUACUAUAGAGACUGUGCUGUAUCCUAAUGCUGAUUUUGUUCUAGAGCUAAGCAAACAGAGGAUUCUUUCAGCACAUUUGCCCUUCCUCCCGGCUGAUUUGACUGAUGUAGAGAAGAUCUCUUACCUGUCUUCCACACUUCUUUUUGAAAAUACUCAAACGAUGCGAGCUCUUGGGGGACUCCUCAAGUUCCUGAAUAAAAGAAGAAUGGGAUUGGAGUUGGAAGACAGCAGUACUGGCAUACCUAUUCUUGCUAUCAAAAGGUUUAUGCUAAAUCACCUGGUAUACAUGGACAGAGAUGCAUACAACACUUUACAGAUUUUCAAAUCAGAGCUACAUCCAUCUGUAUACAAAUUGGCUUCAGGAGUAAAAGAAGGUCUCAGUUUAUAUGGAAUACUUAAUCGCUGUAAAUCCAAGUUUGGAUCAAUUCUUAUGCGUCAGUGGUUUCUUCAGCCCACACGAGACUUGGAAGAACUAAAGAAACGUCAAGAAGUAGUGGAGUUCUUUACCAUCCCUCGUCAUUAUGAAGUAAUGACCAUGCUACAAAACUGCCUUAAAAACAUCAAGAGCAUCCCUACUGUGAUGAGGAAAAUGACUUUGUCUCAAAUUAGCAUACGUGACUGGCAAUGCCUGUACAAGACAAUAUACAAUGCAUUGUGCAUCAGAGAUACUAUUCGAUCUCUGCCUCAGUCUAUUGUUUUGUUCAGAGAACUUUCUAAGGCCUUUACAGAUGAUCUUCACUACAUUGCCACCCUCAUCAGCAAAGUAAUUGAUUUUGAUGGUAGCGUCGAAGAAAAUAGUUUUACUAUUAAACCUAAUGUUGAUCCAGUCAUUGAUGAGAAAAAACGCAAAAUGAUGGGACUGUCAGACUUCCUGACUGAUGUAGCAAAGAAAGAGUUAGACGAUUUGGACAGCCAAAUACCAUCUUGUUCUGUUAUUUAUAUACCACUGAUUGGAUUUCUACUUUCUAUUCCUCGCCUUCCCAAUAUGCUUGACAGAAGUGAUUUUGAAAUAAAUGGCCUGGAGUUUAUGUUCCUGUCUGAAAACAGAUUACAUUAUCGUAGCAGUCGCACUAAGGAGCUGGACAACUUGCUAGGAGACUUGCAUUGUGAUAUUAAUGACAUGGAAACGGCAGUAAUUACACAACUGCAAGGGAAAAUAUUAGAGAAGGCCCUUGUGCUUAAUGAUGUAAUGGAGUAUUCUGCCCAGCUUGACUGUCUCAUCUCCCUGUCAGAAGCUGCAAGAGAGUUCUCUUAUGUUAAACCUACAGUGUCUGUUCAGGGUGUCUUCAGAAUACUACAGUCAAGGCAUCCCUUACUGGAGCUAUGCACUGCAGUGUUUGUUUCAAAUCCAGUUCAUAGUUCUGAAAAGGAGGGCAAAAUAAAAGUUAUCACAGGUCCUAAUUCAUGUGGGAAAAGCAUCUAUCUUAAGCAGGUGGGAUUAAUCAUAUUUAUGGCUCACAUUGGUAGUAAUGUGCCUGCAUCUGAAGCUGAAAUUGGUUUGGUUGAUGGGAUCUACACAUGUAUGCAAACCAAAGAAUCAGUGUCAGUAGGCCUUUCAUCAUUUAUGAUAGAGCUCAAUCAGAUGGCCAGUGCUCUGAACAAUUCUACAGACAAAUCAGUUAUUCUUAUUGAUGAAUUUGGAACAGGAACAAAUACAGUUGAUGGACUGUCCCUAUUUGUUGCUACUUUGAGACACUGGAUGAAGCUUGGUUGGGCCUGUCCAAAUAUUUUUGUCUCUACACAUUUUCAAAGACUUGGCAAACUCAACUUUCUUCCUGCAAGUGCAUUACAUCGUUUUCUGACUAUGGAAACAACAGUUGAUGGAGAUGAACUGGUUUUCUUUUACCAGCUCAAAGAAGGGUUAUCUGAGUCCAGCUAUGCAGCCAAUAUUGCCACUAUUGCAGGCAUGCCGGCAAAUAUUGUAGAGAGAGCUGUUGAGGCCUUAGAACACUACAGAACUGGAGAAAUUAUCAAACGAAUUAACUGUCCACAAAAUGAGCAACAAUUAAGCAGGUGCCUGGCAAUAGCAGAGAAAUUCCUCAGCUUGGAUUUAGAUGACUCCAGUAUUGAUUUGCAAAAGUUCCUAAAACAAGAGGUGGUUUUGUAAAAUGCCACACCUCUGUUGAGCAAGAACAUGCACUACUC